UAUAUUUCCUGGAAGGCUCAUUUUAAUUGAGGUAAUUUGACAAUAAUGCACCUCCUUAGAGGUUCUUCUGACAGCUAAAGCAAAAACCACCCUUCCAGGGGUGGGGGUGUUACUCAUCCCAGGUAGCUAACACUUAUUUAUUGGUUAUCCUUGGACGGAGUAUUCAGUUACAAUCUUCCCGGGUCAGCAACAAGUGGUACUGUCAUCUUGACGGGCUCUUCUUGUCGCGUGAAAACUUAGUGCGGUCAACAUGAUUUCGUCUCCGCAAGAAAACCUCGGGGACUUGGUACCAACCGAAAACCCAUCGAUUAUGUGCAGUGCUCUUCCUUCCCACUGGAGGUCGAAUAAAAGUUUACCAAUGUUGUUUAAAGUUGUGUCUUUGGAUGGCGAAGUACCAGACGGUACUCUCGUCAAAGUGUCAGCCGGAAAUAACGAAAAUUGCAUCCCCGAAAUGAAAAAUUAUACUGCAGUUAUGAAGAACCAAGUGGCGAAGUUUAAUGAUCUAAGGUUUAUAGGAAGAAGUGGCAGAGGAAAAACAUUUAUGUUGACUAUCGCUAUACUGUCAAAACCACUUCAAAUAGCGACAGUUAACAACGCUAUCAAGAUCACUGUAGAUGGACCCAGAGAACCUAGAUCCAAAUCAAAUAAUUUUUGUGGUUAUCCAAUGCCAUGGAUUCCUGGAGCUUAUAAUCCGAAUGUGCUGAAUCCGUGUUACUCAUACCCAUGGCCUGAUCCUAGAAUACCCCCAAUGCCACCUCCACCAAUUGCUCUUCCUGUAUCAAGAUAUCCAAAUUUUAUGAUGGUGAGUCCACCCAUCUUCCCACCACAGCAACCUUCUCCAGCAAGACAUGAAUAUCCAAAUAGUCAACGUUGGUCUAGCGUAGAAAUCAAUAAUAAUGUGGUACAAAUGGCACACCGACAACAACAGCAUCCUACUUUAAUUAGACCCUCACAGAUGAGCAACAAUUCCAUUUCAGAUAAUUCGAGCUUGUCUUGUUCUUCUGGAAGUAUUGUGGCAGAAAAUGAGGAUGUAGAUGAAAUUAUAAGCGAGAAUGAUGAUGACGAUGAAAUUAUAGACGUGGUAGCAAUAAAGCCAGAUCCAGUAACUAUGAUCGCAAAAGAUGUGCCUACCAAGUCUGACUUGAAAGCUCCUAGUGCUAAAUCUGUUAAAACCACUAUGUGGCGACCGUACUAUCGCCCUUAAGUUUUAUCUACAGCCAUUAUUUUACUCAAAGAUAAGGGCAGCUAGAUAUUAUAGGAAAAUCGCAUCCAGAACAGCAGAUGAUGAUUUUUGAAAACAACUUGAUUAUCCUUGAUAAACCUUCGAAUAAUUGGAUCAAGGAUGGUUUUGCACUGAACUGAGAUACGACCUAGUUAUGUUGAAUCCAACUUUCACACAACAGCUCAAGUUCAAUCAAGUUCAAUUGAAGAAUCAUCAUAGAACACAUCCUUGAUUUAGUUUAAAAAGAAGCUUUCGGUCAUGUUUCAUUGCUGUUAGGGAUGCUAAGGUUCUAGAAUAUAAUUUCUCAAUCGACUAGACAUCUGUAUAUGGAUCCAGUUCAAAUCAGAAGAAGAUUGAAAUUCAAAAUACCAAAUAAUAGAAGGAAAAUAUUAUAAAUCAAUAACAGGCUGGAAUGGUUGUAGAAGUUCAACCGGAAGAAAUAUUGGGAGGGAGUUGGAAAAGCUAGUCAAAACCUUGCGGUUACUCUUUAGGAAGCAGGCUUCCAAUGUAUUUAUUUGUUCAAAAUCUAGUCAAAUCCUUGGGGAUAAUUAUUAGGAAGCAGG